AUGUUAGAUUUUUCCCUUGACGACAUUGAAUGGACUGGAAGUAUGGUCCCGAUGAAGCUUUUGAUGUUAUUCAUGCACGUCAGAUCGGAUGCAGCGUCAGUAACUGGAACAACUUGCUUUCGCAAUAUUUUAGAGCACACGAAACCAGGUGGCUUGCUUGAAAUCCAGGAGCCGGAGGCAUGGAUGAGGUCUGAAGUUGAUACGAUGAGCAACGAGACGGGCCUGCUUAUUGACGCUGGGUUUGUGGAUGUGCAUGAGGAGGCUAUCAAGGCCGAACCCCUCUCCGCGCCCAGUUCCCACUCUGCGUUGCAAAACAAACCGGAGCUGUAA